CACACUCACACACUAGGUGGCGUCUUGUCGUUUUUCCAACGGAUUGCGAUUCGGGAAUAAAACCGAAGAAGAAGACCGAAAGUUUCCGGUGGAAAUACAAACACAUGGGGUGAAAAUCUCGGUUUUUGUUUAGCCUCAACCAGAGGGUGUAGUCAUGACAAGGUGGGCCAGAGCCAACAACAUCCAUAAACACAAACCAGCAGAACCUACUCCAUGGAGUCAGCUCAGAGCAGCAGGAGGAGGAGGAGGAGGGGGGGGUCGUGCACGCAGCUCUGCUGCUAAACAAGGACCUCAGAGGAACCAUCUGAGGAGGACUCAGCUCAGUGGCUCAGCUGUGAAAAAACCCAACCGAAGGAAGAAAGACUACACCAAUGAAGACGUGAAUGGCUUCCUGGAGUAUCUGCAGCAGAGUGGACAGCCAUUGCCCAGCAGGGACAAAGGAGGGAGGGAGGGCGAGCAGGAGUUCAGGGAGGAGCUGGAACUCGCCCUGAAAAAAGACAAGAGGAGAGAGGACAGAAGGAUGAAGAGGCAGAAGGACAAGAAGAACAAAAUGCUGUGUUUCCACUGCAGAAAGCCUGGUCACGGUUUGGCCAACUGUCCCGACGCAGACAGAGACGAGGAGAUGGGCCGAGGCAUCUGCUACCGCUGUGGCUCCACCGAGCAUGAAAUCCACAAAUGUAAAGCGAAAGUGGACCCUGCUCUGGGGGACUACCCGUAUGCUAAGUGCUUCAUCUGUGGACAGACUGGACACUUGUCGCGAUCCUGUCCUGAUAAUCCUAAAGGACUCUAUGCACAAGGAAACUGCUGUCGGGUUUGUGGUUCAUUGGAGCAUUUUCAGAAGGACUGUCCAGAGCACCAGGCUGCAAGUAACUCAAUGACAGUCGGCUGGUUGUCCAACAAUAUGAGUGCAGACCACGAGGAGGUGCACAUUCCAGUGAGGAAAGCCAAACCCAAACAGGCCAAGGUGGUGACGUUCUGAGCUACAGCUCUACAAAUGAGUCCUGACGAUGAGCAGAAGAACCUCUUCAGCAGCAUCAGACACAUUUCAGAUAUUUAUCUCUGCCAGCUUCUCCCUCUGCACUCAGACUAAUGGAUUAAUUACCCCUGACAUGCAAUGAAGUGGUUCUUCAGAUGCAUUCUGUGUAAAAAAAUGUCUGUUUUAAUAAAGCUUUGCUUCCAUACA